CCCCUAAACAUCCUCUUCUGCGGCUCCGAUGCCUUCUCCAUCUACUCCCUACGCGCCCUGCACGCGCUGCAAACCACGCAACCCCACGCAAUCCACAGCAUAGAAGUCGUCUGCCGCCCGGACAAACGCGUCGGUCGAAACCUCAAAAACGUCCGCCAAGUCCCCAUCAAAUCGAUCGCGGAAGAACUCGAGCUCCCUCUGCACCAACUCGACACCUUCAAAGGCUGGUCCCCGGCGCCGCGGACUAAUCUCGUCGUAGCCGUGUCAUUUGGAUUGCUGGUUCCGGCGCGGAUACUGGGAGCGGCGAAGUAUGGCGGGCUGAAUGUGCAUCCUUCCUUGCUGCCGGAUUUGCGGGGUCCGGCGCCGAUUCCGCGGGCGCUGUUGGGGCGGAGGGAACGGACGGGGGUGACGUUGCAGACGAUGCAUCCGACGCAGUUUGAUCGGGGGGUUGUGUUGGAACGGACUGCGGGGGUGGAUGUCGAGGGGGAGACGGUGGGGAGUUUGGUGGAUGCGCUUGGGAGACGGGGGGCAGAGUUGUUGUGCGGAGCUAUUGAGAGGGGUUUGUUUCUGGGGCCUUUUGAUGGCGGGGAGGCGCGGGUGGAUGCUGGUGAUUGUGAGUAUGCGUCUAAGAUUACGGCAGAGGAUCGCCGGGUAAACUGGACGACUUGGAGUUCUGAAGAGAUUCUGCUUCGUGACCGAGUUCUCGGUCGACUCUGG